UGCAUCGCUGUGGUUCCUGUCUAUCAUCUGCACGCGGAAGAAGACAACUGCAUGGCCACUCGUGUAGCCGCUAGAGCCUCGUCGGCUGUUCGCGGGCCGCCUUCUCUGCUUUCGCUCGCUAGACGGCCGAGAUGGAGGAGCCCUUCUCCUGUUCAGUCGUGCUACUCCUCCUCAGGUCCAACCUCAAGCAUCGCGAUUGAAGGUGCAGAUGGAAAGACCUACAAAACCGAUGAAUGGAUGAACACACCUCCUUCCAUUCUCUCAGCCGUCUCAAAACGCCUACACUUACAGCCCGACCACCCCCUCGCCAUCACCCGGCAGCUCAUAGAGUCCCGCUUCCCAGGCUACGCCUACCACAAUGCUCUCUUCCCCAUCGUAACCACCCACCAAAACUUCGACUCCCUCGGCUUCCCACCCGACCACCCAGGACGCAGCCGGACAGACACAUACUACAUCAACUCCAAAACCGUCCUACGAACCCACACCUCCGCUCACCAAGCCGACACCUUCCGCGCCAACGAGACUCCCGGCUACCUCAUCAGCGCCGACGUCUACCGCCGCGACGCCGUCGACCGCAGCCAUUACCCCGUCUUCCACCAGAUGGAGGGCGCCAUGACCUGGGACCGCGACUCCGUCCCCGCCGGCUCCACGCUCGCGCAGCAGAUCUGGGCCGACGUCGCCAAAAUCCCCGCCCACCCAGGCCUCGCCGCCCAAGACCCCAACCCGACCAUGCACCCGGACCGCAACCCCCUGCAGCCCGAGCACGCCGCCGACGAAGUCGAAGCCGUCGCUGCGCAUCUCAAGCGUUCCCUCGAAGACGUCGUCGUCGCCAUCUUCACCGCCGCCCGCGCCGCCACCACCACCCCUAGCGGCGACGCCCCGCCCGACGAGCCCCUCCAGAUCCGCUGGGUGGAGGCCUACUUCCCCUUCACGUCGCCCUCAUGGGAGCUCGAGGUCUUCUGGCAGGGCGAGUGGCUCGAGGUGCUCGGCUCCGGCGUCGUGCGACACAGCAUCCUGGCCGCCGCGGGCGUGCCCACCCGCAUCGGCUGGGCGUUCGGGCUCGGGCUGGAGCGCAUCGCGAUGCUGCUCUUCUCGAUCCCGGACAUCCGGCUCUUCUGGUCGGAGGACCAGCGCUUCCUGUCGCAAUUCAGCGCCAGCAAGCCCAUCGCGCGGUUCGCGCCGUUCAGCAAGUAUCCCGCGUGCUUUAAGGAUGUGUCGUUCUGGUUGCCGGUGGGUGCGGGGGGGAAUAGUGCGGGGGGGCUGGUGGCGGGGUUUCAUGAGAAUGAUGUUAUGGAGCUUGUGCGGGACGUCGCGGGAGAUUUGGCGGAGGACGUGAGGUUGGUGGAUGAGUUUACGCAUCCGAAGACGGGGCGGCGGAGUUGUUGCUAUAGGAUCAAUUAUCGGAGUUUGGAGCGCACGUUGACGAAUGAGGAGACGAAUGAGCUGCAUGAGAGGCUGAGGCGGACGUUGGUGGGGAGGUUGGGGGUGGAGUUACGGUAG